AUGGAAGGACGACAGCAACCCAAAGGAAAUACACAAGAUCAUCAGCCAAAUUUGGACGAACAGAAAGAUAAAAGCGAACCCAAACCAUCCAAGCCGACUAGCCCUAAAAAUGCAGUUGAAAACAACAAUCCGGUUACGAUAAUUAUUGGAGAUUCCAUGAUCAAAGGACUUCGUCCUGAGAAGAUUUCCAAAUCGGUCAAGCACAAAGCUCAGGUUAAAUCCUUCUCUGGUUCAACUGUUGAAGAUCUAACUGAUUCCGUUAAACCUUCCCUAAAGAGGAAACCUAAAAACAUUAUAGUGCACGUAGGUACUAACGAUUUGAAAAGAAAUAGUGCUAAAGAUGUUGCUAAGAGCAUUGACAAGCUAUGUUAA